AUGAGCGCCGACGAAAGACUUGAAGAAGUCUGUGAAACUCUUGAAGAUCCAGAUGUCGAGUUGCGCAGAAAGAUUUCGACAAUUUUGACGAUUCCAAGAAUCUUCACCGUUCAAGAAUUGACUACUGAAAGAUGUGAAAAACUUUUCACCUCAGCCCCCGUAGAAGUUUUUGAUUGUGUUUUGAAUUCAGAAGAUCGGCAAUUUCAGGAGUAAGUUGAAUGAAUUCUGUAAAUAUAUUCAAGUCUCGUAUUUAUUUCAGUGGCAAACCUCUCAUUGCUCAUAUUCUCUCAUUUUGCUGUCAAAUGACCUCACCAACAACUCACAUGAAGUUCAAACCAGUAAUUGCUAACAUUGUCAAACUUUCGACACCAAAAAAUGGCCCUCUAACUACUUCAACAUUAAAUGAUAUCACAAUUAUUGUCACUUACAUGUCGGAUGAUCGAAAAUGCAUUUAUGAUUUCUUGCGAAAUACUACUAGUUAUUUCAUAAAUCAAGGAGAAAAACUCGAAGUUGAAGUUUUCUUGUCGAUUUCAAAACUUCUUCUAUCAAAAAUCUUCUCAUUGAUCAACGUCGGAGAUGACGGUAAUUCAAUUAGAAAAUAUCUUUCCACAUAAAAUAAACGUUUUUUCAGCUUCAACAAUCGAUACUCGUGUUUGGCCAGUUGGAAUUCUCUCAAUAAUUCGCAAUUUAAUCAAAGAGAAAACCGAAAAAAUGAGCGAAACCAUAAUUAUUGGAAUUUGGGAUAUAAUUGGAUCAGUUUCCAGAUUAAUGGGUCCCGAUUGGUUUUCUUUGGACGAGAAUUUUGCUAAAAUUGUCGCUCAAAUGAAUACCGUCGAAAUAAACAUGGCUCUUCAUACAGCUGAUUCUAUUGAUGUUGUCAAAUUCGCGAGACAUUUGAGAAUUCUCGAAGUUUUUGUGAGUGCAAUCAAUGAUGAGGAGAUUUUCACAGAAGGUGGAACUUUGAACGAUGUUUGUUUGGCGGUGAGUUUUAUUUUCAUUCAGUAA